GAGGGGGGAGGGUAAACACACCAGAGCAGACUGAGUUCAAACAGGAUUGAGGGAGGGGGGCGUCUAAGAAAGCAGUGAGAGAAGAAGAGGGGAGGUUAUGGCAGAAAGAAAUUCUUUGACAACCGCAGAUUUGGAACAACACAUCUGCUAAGACUGGAGGAGUUGCACAAUUCUGCAGGCAGAUUGCUUGAAGAAAACAGGCAGGACUCUGCAGCCGGAGGGGGUGGCUUACCACCGAGUCCCUCCUUUCUCUUGAAAUGGCUUGGAAAUGAAAACAGGACAGCCUUAUUCCUCUUAUCCGAGGAGGCACAUGCAGCCGCUGACCAGGGGUUUGGACUUCAUUUGUGGCUGAACAUGCUGGAGAGGAUUUAAAAGGGUGGGGGAGAUUUGGAUUUAUGCUGAAGCUGGAUGAGAUACUGAAGCUGGGAGCUUGGAACUGGGGUGUGAUGCUCCUCAUCACCACAGAGCAGAGCUGAUUGCCCUGUAGUGCCUGUAGUGGAGAGAGGCUGCUGUAUUUGUUGUGUUCACACCCUUUUUUUCCCUACAACGUGGCUACUGUGUUUGCUAUGGUCCUGCCCCACCGCUCCAGCAUAAGCCACACACUGGGGAGGAGGAACAGCAUGGGAGGUUAAGAGAGGAGCUUUAAGCAUGGGAGCCAAACCAAUGAAAUGUCUAAGCUCAUCCAGCCCCACACACAGCCCCAAAGAGGAGUACAUCAUCGCCCAGUCUGAAGAUCAGCUGGAGAUUGUGAAGAACCAUACAGAGCAGCCACAGAGCCUGAAAGACGAUGCAGUGAAAUCCUCGGUAAAUGAGCCGACUCCAGGCCCAGAGAAUGCUGGAACAGGGGAGGGAAGCUCCUGGGAGGAGCAGCUGUGUGCUCAGCAGGAGCAGCUGGAGAAGGAGAUACAGGAGACCAGGAAGAUGGUCUCAAGGCUUCAGGCUUUGCUGCUUCACGGGUCACUGCCGGAAGAUGAGCAGGCAGCACCUCUGUUUGGAGACAGUGCGGUCAAUGCGGAGCAGCAGCUGAUAUUAAUCCGUAGUCGGCUUGAUCAGAGCAUGGAGGAGUCUCUGGAUCUGAAGAGGGAACUGCUGAGGUGCAAGCAGGAAGCACGCAACCUUCAGGCUGUAAAGGACGCCCUGCAGCAGCGAAUGUCGGUACAGGAGGACUCAGUGCUGCAGCUAAAACAGGAGCUGCUCAGAUCCAGCAUGGCCAGAGAGGAACUAGCAGGACAGAAUGUGGAACUGCAGAGGAAGCUGAGCGAUCGAGACAAAUUGCUGGCUGAAUACAAAAAAGAAAUUGCACAGAAAGACAGACAGAUUCUUCAGCAGCAGGCUAAACUGGACGAGUCACUUCGAAAACUGAAUGAAAGCGGCCAUCCAAGGCUGACUGGUCAUGAGAAUAAUGGCUACAGUCAUAUGAUGGAGACGUCUUCACCCUUUCCACAUGGAAUUAGUGAUGAACUACAGCUGGUGAGAGACGCCCUUCGCAGUCUGAGGAACAGUUUCAGUGGUCACGACCCUCAGCAUCACACACUGGACUCGCUGGAGCAGGGUGUGGGCAGCCUGAUGGACCGCCUCCACACCACUGACUCUAAGAAGAGGCCGGACAGAAAGGGCCCAACCAAAUCUCCAGGACGACGAGCCAAUCACACGGAUCGAGAAUCAUGGCCAUCUAGUUCCAAGAUUGCUCACUCUCACAGCAGCCCCGUCCUCAGCACAUCAGCCUCAACCAAAGUACUCUACUUCACUGAUCGUUCCCUCACACCUUUCCUCAUAAACAUCCCCAAAAGACUUGGGGAGGUCACACUGCAGGAUUUUAAGGCAGCCGUGGACAGACAUGGCAAUUUCAGAUAUCACUUCAAGUCUCUAGAUCCAGAGUUUGGAACAGUGAAGGAAGAGGUGUUCCAAGAUGAGGCUAUAAUACCUGGAUGGGAAGGGAAGAUUGUUGCUUGGGUGGAGGAAGACCACGGCGAGGGAAGGUAACUGAAGUCUGAAGAGCAUUCACACUGAUCUGGGGACUGAAAUCAAUUACAGAUGUCCAUGUUCUACAUAUGUAUACCUCAGCAACCUCAAAGAGUCUCAAAGUACCAUGCCAUCUCAUAUCAUUCCAGUUCAGGGUUACAGUACGUUCACUUUUUUUGUGUAAGAAGAGAUUCUAAGACCUGUUUACACAAAAUAAUGCUUGACGUUUGCGUUGACUGUAUUUGGUACAAUCUGUAUGUUCUUUUCUGUAAGAGAAAGCUUUAUAUGGUGUCUAGAAAAAAAUGUGUUUUACAAACCAAUUCUGUAUAUUUAAGAGAUGAAAUAUUACUGUAUAGUGUCAAGAUAUGAGUCUAUUAGUUGCCAAAACACUAGUAUAGAACAUAUCACACGUAGAAUAUCGCCAUGCGUGUUUCUGCUCAUGGCUCACAUUGUCCUGCUGGAUUAUUGUUAAUGAUUUUAGUUAAAGAUUUUUCAUCUAAAACUUUUGCAAGUGAUUCCAUAGACAGACACGUCUGCUGUCAUUUGAACCCAGAUUCUGGGAGAGAUGGGACCACUUUAUUUGUAAAGUUUGUAUUAUUUAAAUUUUAAAAAGCGCUUUUUGAGAAUUCAGCACUUUCCUGUAUGUCUGCAUGUAUAAUCAAAGUGGGUAUUGUUCAAAAAAUCAAAUGCAUCCAGUAUUUGUUCAAUUUUUAGUAAACAUGAUUUCCACAACUUGA